AGGUCCUAUUUAGCCUAGGCUAAAUUUCACUUUUUUUUUUUCAGGAGGGAAACUUCACUAGCCUAGCUAGAUUUGUCUCGAGUUAGAUUUUAACAAUUGGGCUACCCGAGUGUUUUUUUAAAAAUAUAGUGAUUUUUAUCACACUGAAGGGAGUCCUCACGUCAUGUCUGGUAUAGCCUUAAGUCGUCUUGCACAAGAAAGGAAGGCCUGGAGGAAAGACCAUCCUUUUGGGUUUGUUGCUGUGCCAACAAAAAACCCAGAUGGAACAAUGAACUUGAUGAAUUGGGAGUGUGCCAUCCCUGGAAAGAAGGGGACCCCAUGGGAGGGGGGCUUGUUUAAACUCCGAAUGCUCUUCAAGGAUGACUAUCCUUCUUCACCUCCCAAGUGCAAAUUUGAGCCCCCUUUGUUCCAUCCAAAUGUAUAUCCCUCUGGUACAGUCUGUCUAUCGAUUUUAGAGGAGGACAAAGACUGGAGGCCAGCCAUCACUAUCAAACAAAUAUUGUUAGGAAUCCAAGAGCUCCUAAAUGAACCAAAUAUCCAGGAUCCUGCACAAGCUGAGGCGUAUACAAUUUACUGCCAAAACAGAGUGGAAUAUGAAAAAAGGGUUCGAGCACAAGCCAAAAAGUUUUCUCCAUAAAGCUUCAAGACUACGCAAGAUUGAAAUUGGUUCGCUGAGGAUUUUGUCUCUGCCCCCUUUUUGUCUGCCUCCAACUAUGUCCAUUGUUCACCUAUUUCCUGCUGGACUGUUUUAAAACUGAAUGUGUGCCAUUUCUUUCCAUCACCCACAUACUGAUGCACCCCUUUGCUUUUUUUUUGACUCGGAAGUCCUGGAUUUGAAGGUGGACUAUGCCUCCACCACAAAGGAUUUUCCGUACUCCAACUGUGGUAUUUCUUUUUCAAGAGCUCACGCUUGUCAGAAAAGACUAUGAAAUGGGAGUCACUUCUGUUGAUUUUUUUUUUUAUUAAUGUAUUCAAUGUUAGAAUUAUUUUGCCUACGUUCUGAUAAAGAUAUAGAAAAACAGGCCUCAAUGAACCCAUUCAAAGGUAGUUUAGUGUAUCUGCAUCAGACUCUGUUAAGUUGUUUUGGUCCAAAUAUUUAGGUUUAAAUAAAAUGUUUGUACCAAGUAAGUGUUAAUACAUGUAGAUGGACUCAGUUCCAUCUUUCCCAAUG